CUGAGAGCCCAUCGCCUCCAACACUGCGCCGCGCGCUCCCUCUCUCUCAGAAACCCUAAUCGGCGGCCAUGGCGACAGCGAAAACUGUGAAAGACGUCUCUCCUCACGAUUUCGUGAGGGCUUACUCUGCUCACCUAAAGCGUUCCGGAAAGAUGGAACUUCCAGAGUGGACUGACAUUGUCAAAACUGGGAAGUCGAAAGAGCUUCCUCCAUAUGACACUGACUGGUAUUACACAAGAGCUGCAUCUAUGGCUAGGAAGAUUUACCAGCGUGGUGGCCUCGGAGUUGGUGCCUUCCAGCGGAUUUAUGGGGGAAACAAGAGAAAUGGAAGCCGCCCAAGUCAUUUCUGCAAGAGCAGUGGAUCUAUUGCCCGUCACAUUCUUCAACAGUUGGAGAAAUUGAAAAUCAUUGAAAAGGACGCCAGAGGUGGAAGGAAGAUAACAUCGAAGGGGCAGCAAGACCUUGACCAGGUUGCCGGAAGGAUUGCCAUUGCAACAGCGUAAUAAUUUAUUUAUAUCUGUGAUGUUUGGUCAGUUCAAGUCAUGUCACUUCCAAAGUUUUGAGACAAUCUUCUUUUUGAAUACAUUGUAGAACUGUUAUGUUUUGCUCACAUUGUUUGUGUUGAAGUUCUUUGAACAUUAAUCUUAUGAAUCUCUAUCAUUUGACUUAGUUAUCACUUUCCUCACAUUGGAUUCUUAGUUAUUGUUUGAAAUUUCUUUUCAUGCUGGGCUCUUUAACCU